AUGACCUCGAAUCCUCCAAAUCCCCCCGAGGACCCAGGACCAGAGGGUAGUGUUCCCGCUCCUUCUGGAGGCGACCAGUCAUGGAUCUCCGAUCUGGUGGAUAAGCUAGUGCCAAAAUUCAUAGCACAAGGAGGAUCUUCAGCUGCCGAUGCGGCGAUGCAAACGGAUACUGCAGGCAAGUCUCCAGGCGGCGGAACUGGAUCAGAUGCCCAUGCGACAGGCGGGGGAGGCACUGGCGGCCAGCCAACACCCGCUGGUGGAGACACUUCAAUGCACGUGGAUGGACCUGGCCAACCUCCAGCCGUGACCGACGGCCAACUCAGCCGACUUCCAGCUGGUCAUCCGUCCUCGAGCACGUCUGCCCAUGGAGGGCCAUUAGCGGCCAAUUCUAGCGCCACUGAGCCCGUUGACAACCCAUGGGAGCCGGCUGGCGAUAGACCAUCACCUCUUCUCGAUCACGCUGAAGGUUCUGCCCAGAAAAACGCAGCUCCUGCUCCGCCUCAUGGUCCCACUCAAGUUGAAUCCGAUUGUCCGGAUGACCCGGUAGCACCGUCAAAUGCGGCUGACAGCCCUCAGCCCCCCAAAUCUUCUGGACCAUCUAUGUCUUAUGAACAAUAG